AUGGCUGCAAGAAAAGUUCUCCUGAUUGUGGAAAAUUACCCUUCUCAUCCAAAAACUAUUGAAGGACUGCAAAAUGUUGAUUUUUUUUUGCCACCAAAGACAACUUUAGAAAUUCAACCCUGUGACGCAGGGAUUAUACGAGCUUUUAAAACGCAUUAUCAUCGUCAAUUUUAUAGAGGUCUUUUGGAAGGCUAUGAAUUAGGGUCGUCAAAUCCAGAAAAAAUAAAUGUGUUAGAUGCAAUGAAUCUUGCAAUUUCAGCAUGGAUUAUCGACGUUCGUACAAGUACACUUGCAAACUUCUUUCGUCAUUAUAACCUUCGAUCAACAUAUAACACAAGUGUAGACAAUUUAGAUGAACAUACAGACAGUGAAAUCACUGGAGACUUGCAAAUUUUGAUCAAGAAGUUGGGCUAUCGCAAUUCAAUGAAUGUCGAAGAUGUCCAAAAAUAUCCGGAAGAACACAAUUGUUGA